AUGUCUACCACUUCCACCUCGUCCGUGAGCGCAACCACUGCUUGUGGCGGCAGCGUCUGGCAAAUCCCCACGACCGAUGCAGCCUGUGCGGCUGUUGUUAGUGGGAACAUGACCGAUGUGAUGGAUGCUUGCUGCCAAAAAGCCAAGGUUUCCAAGUACGACAAUGACUGCGGCAUCUACUGUCUCGCCCAGGGCCAAAAUGUCGACGAGCUCCAGUCUUGCCUUACCAGCAGGAGUGGCAAUUACCACAACGUCUUCUGCAACGCUGCUCUCAAUGCGACCGCCACUGCCACAGCAACCGGCUCCAAGUCCACUUCCUCGCGCACCGGUACCAGCACACACUCGUCUGCCACCUCGACUUCCACAAAUGCCGCUAGUGCGAAGCAGCCAAUUCCCAAAUCUGGCGUAGGAAUGAUUGGGCUCCUUUUCGGCUCUGCUUUGAUGGCGGUUAUCUCUUAA